AUGCUCUCAAAUAAUGAAAUACCAAUCGGCUUUCGACGCGACGUCUUCCUCUAUAUAGAUAAGGAGACAUUCCACUCGCGUGAAGCAGCAAGGACGUAUGUCUGGUUAGCUGAGCCCGAGUCUAAACCCGAAUAUGAGGCUGGAUCUGGAACUGAAGCUCAACCGGAGGUUUUACAGCCUCUUAAAGUGGAUAUUAAGCAUACCACCCCCACAUUGUUUGCGCGGUUGGUCCAGCGUGAUCUCCAGGGCGAGGCGAGACGGACGCCGUAUCGUUAUACGUCAGAGCUGAGCAGGUUGCAUGCGGCCCCGGAUGCAAACUGGGAAGGAGAUGGGAUCUGA